GAAACACUUCAAAGAGAGAGUAUAAAUGAAUUCGUUUUUAAUGAGAAAAUCGUUAACAUGGUUCGCGAAACGAUAGAAGAAUUGUGUUGAUGAAGAUAUAACGUUUAUAGAUGUUUCGUAUGUUGAAUUUUUAGGAAUGUAAAAUAAUUCGAUUUCUUUUUUAAGAAAAAAAAAAUCACAGUUUCGUAAAAUAUUUUUUAUUUAAUAAUACUGAGAAAUAUAAGAAAUUUUUUCAAAAAAUGAAUAAUAUUUUUGACAAGAUCGUCAUGCCAAAACUCGUUUCCUUCUCCACUCUCCUCUUUUGCAUAUUUCUGACUACCCAAGGCGACGCAUCAUUUCAAGAAAGAUUGCGAUUAGAGUCAAAUAAAAUUUUCAUUAAAUACAGACACGAAAUAAAAGGACAAUACACCGGAUUCCAUCAAACAGUAGACAUAUCAAGAUUAAGCGACAUCCAACCAUCAGACUGUUCCACAAACGCUUUCACAUUUUGCCUCAAAUGGGAUGACGUAGCCCAAUUCAAACUCGUUCAAAGGGAUCACUGCGAAGAAUACGAAUACACCACCAAACAAGAUAAACCUUUAAAAGUGACCUUUGACAUCUCAAACGUCCAUUUAUACGGCGGAGUCGAGCAAGAUUUCCAAAAAUGGCCCAUUGAUUUCGACGAAUACGACGAAUACCCCUACGUUUCGACAGACGUAUUUACCAAAGGUGUCCUGGAACCUUACUGGUUGACAUCAACGGGCAUGUAUCUGUAUGUAGACGAAAAAACGCCUUUAUUCGUAACUUUGAAAAAAAGCAAAGGUAUAUUCGAGCUGACAGCGAAACGAAAACCUCCUUAUAUUCGUAACAAUCCCGAAACCGUCCUCAAGUACACCGUUUGUAAAUUUAAAAACGCUAAAGACGCUCAAAAGCACGCUAUUGCUCAUAUAUUCGGUAAACCUACCGGAAUACCCGAUGAAACAAUGGUACAAUAUCCUAUCUGGUCAACUUGGGCUAAAUAUAAAUCAGAGAUUAACCACACAACCGUGAUGGAGUUUGCUAACUUGAUUAAAAAGAACAAUUUUCCCAAUAGUCAGCUGGAAAUAGACGAUCGUUGGGAUGUGUGCUACGGUAGUAUGGAAGUUGACAAAACUAGAUUCCCUGACAUGAAAGGUUUGGUGAAGAAGCUGAAUAAACAUGGCUUUAGAGUUACAUUUUGGGUACAUCCAUUCAUCAACGAAGACUGCGAGCCAUUCCAUUCACAGGCCAAGCAAGCGGGGUACUUUGUGAAAAACCAUGCUGGUGAGACGAGGGUGACUUGGUGGAAUGGUAAUGCGAGCGUGAUCGAUUUCACUAAUCCUCAAGCAGUGGACUGGUGGUACAAGAAGUUGAAAAAAGUGCAAACCGAAACGGAAAUAAAUUCUUUUAAAUUCGAUGCCAUGGAAAGUAAUUACAAUCCUCAAGUUCCAAUUUAUCAUCGUUUAGAUGACAGUCAUCCUGAGACUAAUCUGAAAGAGUAUAUGAAUUUCGUUUCGAGAUUCGGUAACAUGGUUGAAGUGAGAGCAGCCAAGGGUGCUCAGAAGAACCCGAGUUUUGUUCGAAUGAUGGAUCGUGAUACUAACUGGGAUGGUAGAUUAGGUUUAACGACAAUGAUACCUACGCUACUGCAAAUGAACAUUAUCGGAUAUCCGUACGUAAUACCAGAUAUGAUAGGGGGCAAUGGAUACGAUGCUGAUGUGGUUACGAAAGAAAUGUUUGUUCGAUGGUUGCAAAUCAACGCGCUUAUGCCAGCUUUGCAGUUUUCUUUUCCACCUUGGGAUUAUGGAGAUGAAGUAAUCCAAUUGACACAUAAAUUUAUUGAUUUGCAUUUCAAAUAUUCUGACAAGAUAAUCGAAGCUAUGAAGCACGCUAAAGAAACUGGUACUCCAGUUAAUCCUCCUAUUUGGUGGAUUGAUCCGACAGAUCCUAUUGCACAAAAUAUUGGUUCAGAAUUUCUGCUAGGAGAAAAUAUUCUAGUAGCUCCUGUUCUCGAACCAGGUGUCCGAAGUAGAGAUAUCUAUCUUCCUAGAGGUGUAUGGCGAGAUGAAGUUAACACUGACUCAGAACCAAUUCGUGGUCCAAUUUGGCUUUACAAUUACCCAGCUGAUUUAGACGUUUUACCAUAUUUCACUAAAAUUAAAGAUAUCGAUGAUGGAAAAAGCAAUGCUAAUGUAUCAAUCUUGUCCAUUAAUUUACUCAUAUGCAGUAUCACUCUGUUAUUUAUUCGUAAUUUAUUUUUUAGAUGAUGUUUUACAUAGAAUCAUCGUUAAUUAAUAAACUUCUUACGCUUGUUUUUUAUA